AAAAAACCGGCGGGAAACGUAAAGCGUCUUUUUGCGUCUCCCUCCAAACUAUUUUUCCCCUUUUAAUGUGUUUCUCCGAUUCUGCUUUAUAAACCCUAAUUUCUCAAAUCAACAAAAGCCCUAACAAUUUCUCUCAGAGAUUCGACGAAGAGGAUACAAUUAAUCUCCAUGGCGUGUGUCUCCGAUGAAUCCCAGAUCGAGAUCAACAUCCACGACGACCACGUCGAAGAAUCUCCGUCAUCGUGCAACGUUGGUUCCCACAGUCUGAUGUCGAAGAAGGUGAAGGCCCGUAAGCUUCCGAUGGUUGAGCGAUUCGAUGUCGAAGGAGGUAGUAGCGCUGAUGGCGAUUGUUGUCGCCGCCCCGAUGAUGAUUACAAGCUCCGUCGUGAGAUUGUCCGCGUCUACUCUCGUCGCCGUAAGAGGUCGACGGUUGGUGGGAAUAAUGGAAGUUUGAAACUUGAUGAGAAGAAUCUGAAGAAAAGGAAAAUUGGUGAGGGUUCGGGGUUGAGAGGUUGCAGUAGUAACGAUGCGUUGAGUGGGAAUAAGCAGAACGGGUCAUCUAGGAGGAAAGGGAGCUCUGGUUCAACUAAGAGAUGGGUCAGGUUGAGUUAUGAUGGUGUGGAUCCUAAAAGUUUUGUAGGGCUUCAAUGUAAGGUUUUUUGGCCGUUGGAUGCUUCUUGGUAUACAGGUUCUAUUGUUGAGUACAGUUUGGAGAGAAAACGUCACAUUGUUAAAUAUGAGGAUGAAACUAGUGAGGAUCUAGUGCUUGAUCGUGAAAUGAUCAGAUUUUUCGUUUCUCGUGAGGAGAUGGAGCAGUUACAUCUGAAGAUUUGUACUAAUGAUGUGACUAUUGGUGCUCGUGAUUACGAUGAGAUGGUUGUAUUGGCAGCUAAUUUGGAGGAUUCUCAAGAUUUUGGGCCUAGAGAUAUUGUGUGGGCGAAACUAUCUGGUCAUGCUAUGUGGCCAGCAGUUAUUGUGGACGAAUCUGUUAUUGGAGAACGGAAAGGUCUAAACAACAAGGUAUCUGGAGGAAGAUCGGUCUUGGUACAAUUUUUUGGCACCCAUGAUUUUGCCAGAAUAAAGGUAAAGCAAGCAACCUCAUUUAUCAACGGGCUUCUCACGCCUUCUAACUUGAAGUGCAAACAACCUAGGUUUGAAGAAGGCAUGCAAGAAGCAAAAAUAUAUCUGAAGGAACACAAGCUUCCAGACAGGAUGACUCAACUUCAAACUGGAGCUGAUCCCGAAAGGACCAAUAGUACUGAAGAAGUCAGCUCAAACUCGGCUAGUGAUCACACUAAUGAUGGAGAAGUGUGGUUGAGACCAACAGAACCUGUAGAUUUCCGGUAUACAAUAGGGGAUCUGCAAAUAAUAAAUCUCGGAAAGAUUGUGACAGACUCUCAGUUUUUCAAGGAUGAGAAUCAUAUUUGGCCUGAAGGUUAUACGGCUAUGAGAAAGUUCACAUCAUUAAAAGAUCAUGGCGCAUCUGCCUUGUACAAGAUGGAAGUGCUCAGAGAUUCCGAGUCUAAGACUCGCCCUCUGUUUAGAGUGACUGCAGAUAGUGGAGAGCAAUUCAAAGGGCUUACUCCAUCAGCAUGCUGGAAUAAGAUAUAUAACAGAACAAGAAAAGUUCAAAGUGCUACUGAUAGUCUUAAUGUUUUGGGGGAUGAACUAAAUGGAUCAGACAUGUUUGGUCUCUCCAACCCGGAAGUCAUUAAACUUGUACAGCAGGGUUUAUCGAAAUCUAGACUCUCAUCCAAUGUUUCUAUAAGCAAACAUAGUUUGGGAAGGCAUCAAGGUCAUCCUACUGGUUAUCGACCUGUUCGUGUUGACUGGAAAGAUCUCGAUAAGUGCAAUGUCUGCCACAUGGAUGAGGAGUAUGAGAACAAUUUGUUCCUGCAAUGUGAUAAAUGUAGAAUAAUGGUCCAUGCUGGAUGCUAUGGAGAGCUAGAACCCUGUGAUGGUGCUUUGUGGUUAUGCAACUUAUGUCGCCCUGGAGCUCCUGACAUACCUCCACGUUGUUGUCUUUGUCCUGUAGUAGGGGGUGCUAUGAAGCCAACAAUUGAUGGGCGCUGGGCUCAUCUUGCUUGUGCUAUAUGGAUACCAGAAACAUGUUUAUCUGAUGUCAAGAAGAUGGAACCAAUUGAUGGGUUGAGUAAAGUCAGUAAGGAUCGCUGGAAACUAUUGUGCACCAUCUGUGGGGUAUCUUAUGGAGCUUGUAUCCAAUGUUCAAACGAUUCUUGUCGUGUGGCAUAUCAUCCACUUUGCGCGCGAGCUGCUGGUCUAUGUGUUGAGCUUGAGAGUGAGGAUAGGAUUUUUCUUCUACCAAAGGAGGAUGACGAAGCAGAUCAGUGUAUCAGCAUGCGCUCAUUCUGCAAGAGACAUCGACAAACAUCAACUGCCUGCCUAGAAUCAAAAGACAUGAUCAAACCCACUACUCAUAAAACUUCUGACUAUAUCCCACCACCUAAUCCAUCUGGCUGUGCUCGUACUGAACCUUAUAAUUUUCUUCGAAGGAGAGGGCGGAUGGAACCUGAAGCUCUUGCGGCUGCUUCUUCAAAGCGAUUAUUUGUUGAGAAUCAGCCAUACGUUAUCGGUGGUUACUCUCAAAAUGAGGUUUCAACCUAUGAGUGCAUUCACGGAUCAAAGGUCUCACAUAUGAAUACUCCAACCAACAUCCUUUCUAUGGCUGAGAAAUAUAGAUACAUGAAGGAAACAUACAAGAAGAGAUUGGCAUUUGGGAAAUCAGGAAUUCAUGGUUUUGGCAUCUUUGGAAAGCUUCCGCACAAGGCUGGAGAUAUGGUGAUUGAAUACAUCGGAGAACUUGUUAGACCUUCAAUAGCUGACAAAAGAGAACGUCUUAUCUACAAUUCAAUGGUGGGUGCGGGUACUUAUAUGUUUAGAAUUGAUGAUGAGCGAGUUAUAGAUGCUACAAGGGCAGGAAGCAUUGCCCACCUGAUUAAUCACUCCUGUGUGCCAAAUUGCUACUCGAGAGUCAUCAGUGUUAAUGGAGAUGAACAUAUUAUCAUUUUCGCAAAGAGGGAUAUAGCUAGAUGGGAAGAGCUGACCUAUGACUACAGGUUCUUUUCAGUCGAUGAGCGGCUUUCAUGUUCAUGUGGCGUUACAGGGUGUCGAGGAGUUGUAAAUGAUACAGUAGCUGAAGAACAAGUGUCGAAAAUCUGGGUUCCUCGCUCUGAACUAAUAGACUGGACCGGAUAAUAAGCUUAGUAAAGUUACAGAAUUAGUAAUAAUCAUCCCAUUUUUGAUUGUUGUAGCUCUUUAUACUGAGAGGACUGUUAUUUGAACACAAACCAUUUUUCUGUACAGAUACAAAAUUAGUGAGUAGUAACUACACUGAUCACAGUAAUACACUAGUUUCGUAAAGACAGACUUGCAUUCUCUUUUUCUUUCCAGAUUUG